AAAAAUUCAGAAAAAAACUGUUUAGUGUAAAAAAUGAAAACAUGAAACUUAAAAUUUCUUAGAAAUGUUUGGAAUUUGUGUUUAAUGUUUAUCAACAUUAACUUCUCUGAAAAAAGAAACUUUCCCAAUUGCUAAGUGUCAUUUGUGAUUUUUUCCAAGCCUCACAUAUAUUCUUCUCAGCGGAUUUGAAAUUCUUCACAUGUAUGUAAAACACCGGCAGAUUUAAAAAAAAGUCGCCAAAAUGUGUUCCAAAAAUCAAAUGUCAACAUUAAUGGAUAAAAUUAAUACGACUUUGCAGUCGUGUCCCACCAUUAGCAGUUGCACCAAUGAACCUGAUACAUUAAGUGCCAACAACGACUCACUACAAACCACCCCGGAUAGCACAUUGCAAAAACCAUCCAGUCUUCAGCAACAGCAAAAGCAGGCUCACAGCAGCCCCCACCAUCUACAUCCCCACAGUCAGCUGCACAAUUCCAACACAAAUAGUGCCACCAGCGACACAUCAUCAACAUCCUUUCACCAGCGUUUUGACUUCAGUCAAUUAAAAGCCCGUCUACCGGAACUAAAUUGUCUGCACAGUCUACAACGCUAUUGGCAACAUAACGGCGGUGGAGGCGUUGCUGACGCCAACGAUCCGGCUUCAGGGGCAAAAGAUGAAGGUGGCAACUCCUUUUAUGCAAAUAAUAUUUUAGGCUACACUUUUGGUUACACCUUCAGCGGUAAAGAUUCCAACAAAAGUGAAGCUGCCCGCGAGACGCCACUGCAAAAGUUCUAUCGUCAUCAGCAGCAAAAGAAAAUGCCAGCCUUCCGUGGUAGACGUGGCUGGUGUGGGUGCUUUCAGGAUGACGAACCACCUGAGAUUUGUGUGGUGGAGGGGGCUUUCACGCUACAAACCCUGACACCCACACAACCCAUGCCCUCAGUGGAUGAAUUGGAUACCAAAUUUGCAGAAUUAGUGGAAGAACUUGACCUGACAGCCCCCAACAAGGAGGCCAUGUUGAGUCUUCCUCCCCAAAAGAAGUGGCAAAUUUAUUGUUCGCGCAAAUCACCCCUAGAUACCAUCGAUGGCCAGCCGGCCAGCAAUACUUCGCAACCUCCCACAGCAGAGAACUAUGUAGAACGUCUCAAAGACCUAAGUCUGCAUAUUUCCAUCAGUCCAGAAGAUUCACCGUGCCAUGAAUACAAUGCUCGCAUCGAGAGCCAUACACAUUUCCUGGAUGCUUUGAAGACAGCACUAAGAACAUCCACUCAUAGUUUUGUGUUGCGCUUUGUGGAAUUCGAGGGUCUGCCAGCUUUGCUGAAUCUCUUGGAGAAAAUGGACAUAAGGGUGGCGAAUAGCCCCUUGCAUACUAGUCUCAUAGGCUGCAUCAAGGCUUUGAUGAAUAAUUCGACGGGUCGUGCCCACGUGUUGGCCCAUCCCACCUCGAUAGACAUCAUAGCCCGUUCUUUGGCUGCCGAUAAUAUUAAAACCAAAGUUGCUGCCUUGGAGAUUUUGGGUGCCGUGUGUCUGGUGCCCGGUGGUCAUCGCAAAGUUUUGCAGGCCAUGUUAAACUUCCAGGAAUUUGCUGCGGAGCGCACACGCUUCCAAAGCAUAGUCAAUGAUUUGGAUCGCUCAACGGGUGCCUAUAGGGAUGAUGUUAAUCUGAAAACUGCCAUCAUGUCCUUUAUCAAUGCGGUUUUAAACUAUGGACCUGGUCAGGAAAAUCUGGAUUUCCGUUUACAUUUACGCUAUGAGUUCUUAAUGUUGGGCAUACAACCCAUCAUCGACAAGCUGCGCAAGCAUGAAAAUGAAACCUUGGACAGGCAUUUGGACUUUUUUGAAAUGGUUCGUGCCGAAGAUGAAAAGGAAUUGGCCCGCAAAUUCGAUCAUGAGCAUGUGGAUACCAAGAGCGCCACCACCAUGUUUGACUUCCUCAGACGUAAACUAAGUCAUUCGCCAGCCUAUCCUCAUUUGAUUUCCCUGCUGCAGCAUAUGCUUUUGCUGCCUUAUACUGGCCACUGUACCCAGCAUUGGCUUAUGUUUGAUCGAGUGGUCCAGCAAAUUGUUUUACAAACUGAGGGACGACCCCGAAGUGACAUUGACACCGAUGACCCCAACAAAGAAAAAGAGGCGGUCUCCCCUGUCCAUGAUCCCGAUGUGGCUCCUUUGGAAAUAAAUGUUUCCAAAUUAGUUCACCUGUUGGUCAAGGAGGAAGAAUUGACACAAGCUCGCAAGCGAGCUGAUGAAUUAGAGAAGGAGAACUUUGAUAUACAAUCACGUCUAGCCAAAAAGGAACAAGAAUUAGAUUUGCGCAUGCAGGAAAAGGAAGAUCUUGAGACCAGUUUAGCACGCAUGCGUGAACGUUUGGAGAAAGAAUCCUCAAAUCAUUCUCAGGCUGUGCAAAGAGCACAAACGGCCGAAAUGAAAUUGGAAGAUAUGCAACACAAACUGAUGACAGAACAACAGGAAAGAGCUCGCCUGGAACGUUUGGUGACCGAAGGUAGUAUACCCGAUGAUCAAAAGGUGGCUGGAUUGACGGGUUGUAAUGGUCCACCAGAGCCAAUGAAGAUAGUGCCUCCUCCACCACCGCCUAUGCAAAUGGCUGCGCCACCACCACCUCCACCAUGUCCGGGACCACCGCCACCACCUUGCCCAGGACCACCACCUCCACCAGUAAUGACUCCAGCAAUGGCACCUCCUGCACCCAAAGCCGAAGUUCCCAAAAAGAAUGUGCCACAACCUGCAAAUCCUUUGAAGAGUUUCAACUGGUCAAAAUUACCCGAUGCCAAAGUUCAAGGUACUGUCUGGAGUGAAUUGGAUGAAUCAAAAUGGUACAAUAACAUUGAGCUUGAAUCCAUUGAUAAACUUUUCUCAGCCUAUCAAAAGAAUGGGGUAUCACAAGUGGCUGAUGGCUCCAUUGAAGAUUUGCGCCUUAUGGGCAGUAAACCACGCAAUAAGAUUUUAUCUGUUAUAGAUGGUCGCAGAGCACAAAAUUGUACUAUUCUCUUGAGUAAACUCAAGAUGACGGAUGAAGAAAUAUCCAAAGCCAUUCUCUCUAUGGAUUGCAAUGAACAAUUGGCCUUGGAUAUGGUAGAACAAUUGUUAAAAUUCACCCCCUCAGCAGAAGAAAGAGCUUUAUUGGAUGAACAUAGCGAAGAUAUAGACUCUUUGGCUAGAGCCGAUCGUUUCUUAUAUGAAAUUUCAAAAAUACCUCAUUAUGAGCAACGUUUGAAGAGUCUACACUACAAGAAACGUUUUAUGAUUACUGUAAAUGAUUUAAUACCACGCAUAACCAGUGUUAUGGAAGCCUCUCGUGAAGUGGCACGCUCAAGGCGUUUAAGAAAACUUUUGGAAUUGGUUUUGGCCUUAGGCAAUUACAUGAAUCGUGGCGCCCGAGGCAAUGCUUCCGGCUUCCGUUUGGCUUCUCUCAAUCGUUUGGCCGACACCAAGUCAAGUGCGGCCAAAGGCACUACAUUACUUCAUUUCUUGGUGCAGGUUAUCGAUAAGAAAUUCCGCGAUCUACUUAAACUGGAAGAAGACAUACCUCAUGUGCGCGAAGCUUCCAAGGUUUCAUUGGGUGAAAUGGACAAAGAUAUACAAAUGCUGCGCACCGGUUUGGCAGAUGUGGCUCGUGAAAUAGAAUUCCAUCGUUCUUCGGGACCCGCCCAACAGGGCGAUCGCUUUUUGCCGGUCAUGCGUGAAUUCCAUGCCCAGGCUUCGGUUCGCUUCGCAGAAUUGGAAGAUAAAUUCCAAGAUAUGAAGACACGAUUUGAUAGAGCUGUACGCUUAUUUGGUGAAGAUGGCUCGGUCUUACAACCCGAUGAAUUCUUUGGCAUUUUCGAUGCCUUCCUUACCGCCUUCAAUGAGGCCAAACAGGAUAAUGAGAAUUUGCGCAAACGCCAAGAGGAAGAGGAAAAGCGUGCCAAGCAAGAUGCUGAGUUGAAAAAGCGCACCAUAGAACGUAAAAAUAAAGAGGGCCUAAUGUCUUCGGUUGCUAGAAAUUUGGGUUUGAAAUCAGCCAAUGGUCCCAGCAGCCCUGCCAAAGGUGAUAAUAAAGGAGAAUUUGAUGAUUUAAUUUCGGCUUUGAGAACGGGAGAUGUGUUCGGUGAAGAUAUGGCCAAAUUUAAGAGGUCACGAAAGACUCGCCUAAGCAAUGGAAGUACUUCACCACCAAGACAUGGAGUACAUAGAGAGGAGAGUAGAGAACGUACAGUGAGAAGGCAGUGAAUGCCAAUUGACUAGUGAAUAACUUAAAGUGAACAAACUUUUCUCAUUUACUAUUGAAUGAUGGAUGAUACAGUUUAGGCUAGGGGGAAAAUCGAGAGAAAGAGAAAGUUGGUAUUGAUAAAAUAACUUUGAAAGGGAAAUCGAAGGACGCACACGUAGUUCAGAAAGUUAAAUGAAGGAAAUAUUAAAGACUCAGAAAAAAAUAAAAAUGCGAAUAACAGGGAAAAAAAGGCAAAAAUACUUAAAUGAUCUGGGAGCAUAAGAGUUUCGAAAGCUGAAUAGACAUUUUCGACCAAAUGCCGACGAGAUGUUAUGGUUAAGGACAAUAUAAGAUUUGAAAGAUGCUAAGAACAGAUGGAAAAAAGUCAAAAAUACUAAGAUUGUCUGGGAGAAUAGGAGUAUCAAAAGCUGAAUAGAAAUUUCCAACCAAAUGCCGAUGGGAUUUAGGACAAGAUAAGAUUUGAAAAGAGAACAUAUCUUGAUAUUGUUGAAUAUUUUUACAUUUCGAUCAUUUCAACCACAUAUUUUUCGUGAGUUUGCUUUAUAAUGGGAAAUUUUGCAGUUUAGAAUAUACAACAGAGAGCGGUUUAUUGGGAAAAUGUAUAUUUAAAGGAGAGGUAACUAAUUUUGUAGAGACGUUAAUUCAACUUUGCUU